AUGAAAACGCCGAUUGCUGUUGUUGGGACCGCGUGCCGAUUCCCAGGCGAUGUAACAUCGCCUUCGCAACUGUGGGAGCUAUUGUCGAACCCAAAGGAUGUCCUGAAGGAUGUAAAUCCCAAGCGAUUGAACCUCUCCAGCUUCCAUCAUCACAAUGGCGAGCACCAUGGGGCUACUGAUGUCCCAAAUAAAUCCUACCUACUGGAGGACGAUGUCUAUUGCUUCGAUGCUGCCUUCUUCAAGAUCAGUGCGGCGGAGGCAGAGGCAAUGGAUCCGCAACAAAGGCUCCUACUCGAGACGACCUAUGAAGCACUCGAAACUGCGGGAUAUACAUUGAACCAGAUGCGCGGCUCAGACACAUCCGUCUUUAUUGGCGCGAUGACCUCUGACUAUCAUGACAUUCAAGCUCGUGAUUUGGACACAAUCAGCCGAUGGCAUGCAACAGGCACAUCUCCCAGCAUUCUCUCAAAUCGUGUCUCGUACUUCUUUGACCUGAGAGGGCCAUCAAUGACCCUCAACACGGCAUGCUCCAGCUCAUUGGUGGCAUUGCACCAAGCGGUCGAGAGUCUGCGAAAUGGCGAUUGUACAACCGCUAUUGUAGGCGGCGUCAAUCUCUUGCUCGACCCUGAGGUCUAUAUUAGUCAUUCCAAUCUACAUAUGCUGUCCCCAACGUCGAGGUGUCGUAUGUGGGAUAGGGCUGCUGACGGCUACGCCCGAGGGGAGGGGUGCGCCUCAAUCGUCAUCAAGACCCUGGAUCAGGCGCUGCAAGAUGGCGACGAUAUAGAGUGCAUCAUUCGGGAGACUGCGGUCAACUCGGACGGCAGAUCUGCGGGAAUUACGAUGCCCAAUCCGGAGGCCCAGGCCACCUUAAUACGCCAGACCUAUGAACGCAGUGGUCUGGAUCCGGUUCGGGAUCGUUGUCAAUAUUUCGAAUGCCAUGGCACUGGUACCCAGGCUGGAGAUCCCGUCGAGGCACAGGCAAUCCAGCAGACAUUCUACCCGAAGACCGUCGUUUUCAGUCCAAACGACAAGCUCUAUGUGGGGAGUAUCAAAACUCUUAUCGGUCACCUGGAAGGCUGUGCAGGUCUCGCAGGCGUGAUGAAGGCGAUAUUGUGCCUCAAGAACCGCACCAUCACGCCAAACAUGCUUUUUGACGAUCUCAAUCCUAAAAUCACUCCAUUCUACGACCACCUGGAAGUCCCAACAAGCACUGUACCAUGGCCAUCUGUAGCCCCUGGCUGUCCCUUGAGAGCGAGUGUGAACUCGUUUGGUUUCGGAGGGACCAAUGCUCAUGCAAUCAUUGAGAGCUACGUGCCCAGCCAGUUGAAAAGUCAAGUCAGUUACUGCAAAGAGCGGAUGCUCAAGAAGCAUGUACCCGCCGGGCCAUUCGUGUUCUCAGCCCAGACUCAAGAUUCUCUAUAUUCGCUCAUUGAGCAAGUAGCCCAAUAUGUCAGACAGAAUGAAGCAUUGAAUCUGAGUAAUUUGGCCUGGACCUUGGCCAAAAGAACCGUCUUUCCCUUCAAGGUCUCGCUCACGGCGUUAGGCCGAGAGGAGCUUCUCGGUAGGACAGAAAAUAUCAUCCAGCAGUACAAAGGCGGCAAACGGGGCGAACAAAGUCACUUGCCAUGGAGACACUCACCCGAAUCACAAAGGAUUAUGGCCAUCUUCACAGGGCAGGGCGCACAAUGGGCUGGAAUGGGGCGUGAACUGUUACGUGCGUCUCCCAUCUUCCGCCAGUCGAUCGAGAAAUGUGAGCGUGCUUUAGCAAAUAUUCCUGACGGCCCCUCCUGGUCCCUUCAGGACGAACUUCUGGCAGAAAAACCUCCGUCAAGCUUCUCUAAUCCCGCAGUCAGUCAGCCGGUAACAACUGCAAUUGAGAUAGCCGUCUAUGAUCUCCUAUGUGCAUGUGGAAUCCAUGUCGAUGUGGUUGUGGGCCACUCAUCCGGAGAAAUAGUGGCUGCGUAUGCGCUCAAUAUCAUUUCAGCAGAGGAUUCCAUGAAGAUAGCCUAUUAUCGUGGAAUGCACAGCAAGCCAGCGAAGUUAGGCGGCAUGCUAGCUGUUGGACUUUCCUUUCCUGACGGCUGUGAAUUGUGCUCUCAGCCGCCAUUUUCGGGCAGGAUCGUGGUGGCAGCGAGCAAUGGGCCUGGGAGCACAACUUUAUCCGGCGAUUAUGAUGCGAUACUCGAAGCCAAGGCACUCCUUGACCGUAAAAAGAUAUUUGCAAGAACAUUGCAUGUUGAUGUUGCGUACCACUCACAUCAUAUGGUGCCAUGUGCUAGUGCAUAUCUUGAAUCAUUGAAGGCGUGUAAUAUCCAAGUGGGAACACCCAGGAGUGGCUGCACAUGGGUAUCAAGCGUCACUGGAAGCAGUGUAGUAACAAAAGACGAUAUUCAAGCGUUGUCCGCGACUUACUGGGUUGAGAACAUGGUCAAACCUGUCCUCUUUUCGCAGGCAGUGGAGAGGUCACUGGGUAGCUGCCACAACAUCGGUGUGUGUAUCGAGAUCGGUCCUCAUCCAGCUCUCUGUGGUCCAGUGUUGGAUACUUUGAAAUCAAAAGGGAGUUCAGGCGCUCUUUACAUUUCGAUGCUUCACCGAGGACAAAAUGAUCUCAACGCUGCAUCAUUUGCGGUCGGUUCCCUUUGGGAACGUAUGGCUGAACGUGUGGACAUGGGGAGAUUCCUCCAAAAUCUUGGCAAUCAACCCUUGCAACUAAUAAAGGGAUUACCAGCCUACAACUGGGACCAUACGCGGAGAUACUGGAGAGAAUCUCGCGUAUCGCGAAGAUAUCGUCUCGAAGGUAUACAACUGCACCCGCUACUGGGCCGGCGGUCUGCCAGUGAAUUCCCCAACGAAAUGUCUUGGAGAAAUAUUCUGUAUCUAAAGGAGAUGCCAUGGGCUCAGGGGCACAGGAAAAAGGGCCAGGGGGUACUUUCGACUGCCUUUUACCUUUCUUCUCUAUUAGCAGCUGCUAGCUCUGCGGCUAAGUGCCAAUGCCUUGUGUUAGUUGAGGUCAAGAAUUUCGUUGCCAUGGAAGAUCUGACUUUGGAGGAGCAUGGCGAUGGCAUAGAAUAUAUCACGACACUACGAAUCCGUGAAGAACAUCCCGAGACACCGUCCAACGCCAGGCUCCAUGCUGACGCUUCCUGUUAUGCGAGCCUUAGCGGCGGAUCAGUAUUAACGAAGCUAUGCACUGCAUGUUUAACACUCUCUGUCAGCCAAGCCAACCAUCAUGAUUGUGACCAGUUACCCCCAAGGGAACAGCGGAAUCCCCUACUCGCGCCUGUAGAUGUCGAUGAUCUCUACGAGUCAUUUGAACAACUUGGCACUAGCUAUUCCGGACCUUUUCGAAGCAUGACCUCGAUCCGCCGGUCUCUCGGCGAAGCCGCUGCUUCUGCGGUUUGGCCAGCCGAUAUAACCUUUUCGGGAUCUGUACUUCACCCGGCUAUACCAGAGGCAUCGUUCCAGGCGAUGACGUGCGCCUUUGCCUCGCCAUUGAGCCAGGGAUUGGGCACCUCGUUCCAUGCAAAGGAGAUUCGUCGAGCUCUCAUUCAGCCUCACUUUGCUCUGAGGAGUUUGUCGUGCCAGAUCGAUGCUUUUGUGACUGCAGUGGACAGUCGAGGGGUAGAAGGCGAUGUGUCGCUGUAUGACCCGGAUGGCAACACCAUGGUGCAGAUUGAGGGCUUGGUCAUGGAAUGUACCGAUCUACCCCAUGUUUCAACCGGCCAUAACUUGUACUCGCACGUGGUGUGGGAGAGCGACCCUUUUGGAUAUUCGUUAAUGUCCUCAUAUAAUACACAAGAUGAGGUGAUGGCGUGGAGAGACGCAGCAGAUAUCGUCUCCUUGUAUCAUUUCCGAAAACUGCUAGAUGAGAUUGAUCCACUCGAGUCUGUAUGGUUUCUCCCUCACCACCAACUUUUGUAUCGUGAGAUUAGCCGCAUUACGGAUGAUGGCAAGGGCUCUGAAGACUACCUUGUUCAGCCAGAUGAUGCCCAGAUGUCGGAAGAGAGUAUACUGGCAAUGAUCAAAGGAUAUGCGGGGGUUGUCAAUCUUCAGUCACUGCAUUCACUGGGUAUGGCCUUACCAGCAAUCCUGCGAGGGGAAAGUGACCCUGUUGGCAUAUUGAACGGUGGUAGCACCCUCGACAGCUUAUCCCACGUUGCUGGGAUGUUUUCUCCAUGGAUGAAAGACCUUUGUUGUAUCGUUAAGUGUAUUGUACAUAAGCAUCCCCACAUGGAUAUCCUGGAGCUUGAUGCUGGCACUGGUGCGAUCACUCGGCAGAUUUUAGAAGCUCUUGAUGAUAGGUAUACUUCCUAUUGCCUGAGCAGCGCAGCUCCAAUACAGCUAAAACAGACGGUGGCCAGGCUCUCAGCACAGCAUCGCAACCUACAUUCUAAGGUCAUUGAUCUUAGCACGGGGAACGAUGGUAAACAUGACAGAGACAAGUAUGACAUGGUCAUUGUUGCCAAUCUUCUCCGAGCAACCGAUGCAUCUGCCAGUCUCUUGGAAGGUUGCCGCGCAAUGCUAAAGCCCGGUGGUUACCUUGUAUUCGGUAGACUGACCGGGCGAAUGCCACUGUCGUUGUUGUGUGUCUGUGGGCUGUUUCCCCAGUGGUGGCAAGGAUACGAUCACGAUGCCCAGACUUGGUCGAACAUGUCAACUGUUGAAUGUAACACGCAACUCCUCUCUAAAGGUUUCUCUGGCAUCGAUCACAUCUUCCAUGGCUCGAUUCAUCCAUAUGAGGAUGGCCUUUCAGUCAUUGUCACUCAGGCAGUGAACGAUGCAGUCCUGACGCUUCGAGAGCCGAUGAAUUCGACCGGGCUGGCGCCACUGAGGGAGACUGUGGUCUUCGUUGGGGGCAAGACACUCUUAGUAGCACGCCUCCUGCAGAGUCUUCGGAGGAUUGUCGCUGCAUCAGGCACCGCAACAACAAUAGUGGAAGACUUUGACCAGUUGGACCUCAAUCUUCUCACUAAGAAACAUGCCAUUAUCUCCCUGCUGGAGCUUGAUGAGCCUUUCUUCGCCGAGGGAGACUUCCGCGAGAGGGUCCUCAGUUUCAAGGAGCUUGUGACAAGGUCAAAGCACGUCCUCUGGUUGACAUCUUUAAAAAUGCCAAGCAUAAGUGUCGCCAUUGGGAGAGCAAUGAGAUUGGAAAGGGGAAAUGACAUCAACCUUCAAUUCCUACAUCUGUCUACUACGGAGAACGUUUCGCCUUCCACUGUAGUUGAGGUUUUUCUGCGCCUCACAUGGUCUAGUGUCCCCAUGUUGACAGACAGGCAAAUGCUUUGGACAAACGAACCUGAGCUACACUGGGAUGGAUACACACUGCGCAUUCCGCGCCUGGUCUGGGACCAAAAACGAAAUCAGAGGUACAGGUCCAGACACCAAGAACCUCGUCCAAAAGCGUGUCCCUCGCAGACAUCGGUGAUUCUCCCAAGAGAGUUGUUGGAAACCUCGGUAGCCGUUCAAGUCAAAUAUUCCUGCCUUGUAUGUACGGAUGCCUAUCUUUGGUUUGGUACACGCCUCGAUGGAAAGGAAAAUGUAAUCGGCAUUUCUGAUCAGAUUUCAUCUGUCGUCCAAGCAAGGCCUGAACACGUUCACCACCUUGUUGAUGGAGAUGACUUAAGCCCAGAUACAUUGCGAGCUACUGCUAGCUUCAUCCUAGCACACCUGCUUUUGAAGUUUCUACAUGGGCCAACUCUCCUGUAUGAGCCUGAUGAUUUACUUGCUGCGGCUGUAGAGCAAGUGUGCGGGCCUGAGCACACCAUCUAUUGUAUCACUUCGAAGUCGAAUGAUAUCGCUCAAGGGUGGAUAGCAGUCCACCCUCACGCAUCGCGGCGAAUGGUUGAGCGCGUGUUGCCGCCAGAUGUUUCGACUUUUGUCGAUUUUGCUUCUUUCGAUAACCAUGUAGUGGCCAUGCUUCGCAGAAUAUAUUCUCAAAAACAGAUCCAGGUGGCGGAACUAUAUCAUCGUGCGUUUCUUGCAAACCCUGGCCAACUUAUCGUAGUGGAUUGGACAAUCUCUCCUCCGACAUCGAGCCAGGGUGGAAGCCCACAGACCGCAAACCUGUUCUCGCCAAGCGGAACCUACUGGAUGAUUGACAUGACAACACCACUUGGAUUAUCAAUUUUGACAUGGAUGGCGAGGAAUGGGGCACGGACAUUUGUUCUCUCGAGCAGAAAUCCACGCGUGCACGAGGCUUGGGUAGAGGAACUGUCUCGUCUAGGAGCCACCGUAAAGCCCUUGAAGAUGGAUACUCUGAACAAAAAGUCCAUUUUGUCAGCUUUCACCCACAUAAAGGAAACUUUACCACCUAUUGCAGGUGUCUGCUAUGCUCCCUUGGCUUUAUCCAACACAGGACUAGAGUAUGCUGCUCAUGAUGAGGAUGGUCUUGUCGCGAAUGCUACGAUUAAUGCCGCAAGCUAUCUCGAUGAGCUAUUCCCCACACGAACACUGAACUUCUUUGUGAUUUUGACAUCCCUUGUCUCUGUCCUCGGUACCCCAAAGCAGGUAGCAUAUCACGCCUCGUCACAGUUUAUGACAGGUCUCAUUCACCAGCGUAGGCGGAAAGGCCUGGUAGGGUCCGUGUUGGCCCUGGGUAUGGUUGUCGAUACUGGGUACUUUGCCGAGCAAGGCAGGGAGGUGGUCCAGCGCAUGAUGCACCACGGAUACGCGCCUCUAUCUGAGUCAGAUCUACAUCAUGCUUUUGGUGAAGCGGUAACUGCUGGAGAACCUGAAUCCGAAGGUAGUGCAGAGAUAUUCUUUGGUCUACAAAUGAUAGAUUCCCAGGUUGAUGAGACCGGAGAAUUCCCAUGUAUCUCAAACCACCUGCUUUCUCACUUCACUACUAAACAAUCUGAAGCCAAACCGAGGCAAGAUACUGAACAGGUGGAUUCGUCAUCCCUCCCUCCUUCAAGCCAACAGUUGGAGGAAUUGGAGCCAAGACGAAAUGCAUAUGACAUGUUGCUUGCGCGUUUAUCGGGCAAGGUCAAGUCAAUUCUUCGGCUUACCGAUCAAACAUUGGAUCUGCACACCCCACUACUGGAUCUAGGUUGUGAUUCCCUUUUAGCAGUGGAUCUUCAGGUCUUGUUUGCCAAAGAGCUCGAUGUUGACAUUACUCCCAUGGAUGUACUGCUGGACACUGUCGCAAAGCUAUGCGAGAAAGCCUCCUUCCAGCCUGGCAGUCCAGGCCCAGUGUCGCAGGAGGAAGACUUACAUGCCAAAGAUGUUGAUUGCAUAGACCUGGUCACAACCGCAUCAAGCUCGGAACACGGCACCUCAGUUCAAGACCUGCCACUUGACGCCAGUACUUCGGAGUCGUCUUGUGCCCUAUGCCCUUCUGACUCCGGAUUUGAACAGGAACGAGACGUCUCAGAACCAAGGUUCACACGGGUUGAGAGAAUGUCUCCACACCAAUCGCAGAUCUGGUUCGCGGGCCACUGGAUGAAGGACCCUACCCAGUACAACGUCGUUAUUUCGUACAAAGUUCAGGGUAGUUUUAUGGUCGACAAAUUCAAACGAGCCUUGGAAGAGGCUAUCUCCCGGCACGAGUCGUUGCGGACCGCCUUCUUUUCACAUCCUAAUAAUGGUGACCUCGUUCAGGGUGUUCUGAAAACCUCACCACCAUUCUUUGAACAUAUCACGGCUUCAAGCGCCGCCUCUGUGACACAGGAGUUUGACAGGCUCGCGUCGUACCAAUGGCGGCUAGAACACGGUGAAGUCAUCCGAGUUACGGUGGUGUCUAUUGGACAGGACCAGCACACAGUCAUAUUUGCCUACCAUCACAUUGUUAUGGACGGGGCUAGUUGGUCUACAUUUCUGCAUGAUGUGAAGUGUUUUUAUGAGCAGAGCCCACCAGAUGAGGUUGCGCAAUACGUGGACUAUUCUCUAAUGCUGAAUCGUGACAUCGAUAAUGGAGCUUUCGCAAAAGAGCUCGAGUAUUGGAAGUCCGAGCUUUCACCACCGCCAGAAGUAAUGCCUGUUCUCCCUCUCGCCAAGGAGAAGACCCGUACAGCAACAGAUAAUUUCAAGGUCCACACAGCGACGCGGUAUGUUGGUGUUGAAGUCACAGACAGGAUCAAGAAAGCCAGUCGCAGUCUUCGGGGCACACCCUUUCAUUUCUACCUAGCAACGUUGCAGGCCCUCCUCGCCGAACUACUGAACAUCGAAAAUCUAUGCAUCGGAAUGAGCGACGCAAAUCGCAAACACCAGCAGUUCAUCGGCACAGUCGGCUAUUUUCUGAACAUGUUGCCUCUGAGGUUUCACGUCCAACAAUCGGACAGCUUUGCGAAUAUAUUUCAAAAGACAUCUUCGAAAGUCCUGACCGCCUUGUCGCACUCUUCAGUUCCCUCCAACCUGGUUGUGGAUGCGCUGAAUAUCCCGCGCGUGUUGAAUAUAACACCUCUCUUCCAGGUUGCUAUAAACUACCGCGUGGGGGAGAUCACCAGGAUGUCAGUGGACGACUUUGACCUCAAUUAUGAUCGGAGCGUGAUGGGCAAUGCGCCGUACGAUGUCUCCUUCCAUGUCACUCCAUGUGCGAACGGCACCUACAUUGUGGAGGUGACCUGUCGGGACUAUUUGUACUCGCCCACAGCCACAGAAUCAAUCAUGGAUGAAUAUAUCAGGCUCCUUGAUAUUAUGUCGUCCGACCCUUCGCUUUCCGUUCGGGGCAGUCUUGCCACGUUUUCCCCCAUCAAGGAGGACGGCCUCUCGGUUCAACGUGGCCAGCGGGUGUCUCAUGGCUGGCCAUCGACGUUGGCAGAAAGGUUCCAGGAUAUCACUGAUCAAUAUGGAGGUAAGAUCGCCGUGACGGAUCAAACUGGUGAUUUCACCUAUCGGCAACUGUUCGCGCAGAGCACUCGUAUUGGGGAAGCUCUUCUCCAAAGAGGAAUUCGAUCUGGAGAUACAAUCGCAGUCUUGUGCCACCCAUCUAUGAAUUCGGUGGCGAGCAUGUUAGCAAUUUUUCGCAUCGGUGCGGUGUAUGUGCCCCUCGACCUGAGCCUCCCUACUGCAAGACACAAAGCUAUGGUCAUGGCUUCCCCUGUUACGGCAUUACUUUGUCUCUCUUCUACGUCUGAGAAAGCAUCAGAAUUAGGGAUAUCAACCAUUAUCAACAUCUCCGAUCUUCCAGACAGUCGAGCUCCGUCCAUGAAGUUCACAAACGGUGCAAAUGGUGAUUGUUUCUCGAUUUUGCUGUACACAAGCGGCUCGACAGGCCAGCCUAAAGGCGUCCGUCUGCCUGAGAGCGGUUUCAUCAACUACCUCGCCGCCAAGAGAAAAGAGCUCGGUCUUGAUAGCUCGACGGUCGUCCUACAACAGAGCUCACUGGGCUUCGAUAUGGGGCUUGCACAAACUUUCAAUGCCAUCAUGAACGGAGGAAAGCUUGUCAUUGUACCCCAAGACGUACGUGGGGAUUCGAUGGAAAUUGCAAGAAUUAUUCAUGACCACAAAGUAACGUUCACGCUAGCCACUCCGUCGGAAUACCUCGUCAUGCUUCAGAAUGGUCGUGAAUAUCUCAAUCAUUACGCUGGAUGGCGGCACGCCUGUCUCGGUGGUGAGCCUUUCACCAACCAACUCCAGCGAGAAUUUGUGCGGCUGGGAAAGAAUUGUCCCGUGGUACAGGACUCCUACGGUGUGACUGAGAUUUCGGCAUGUACAACCUUCGAGACGAUGUCUGCCUCACAGCUGGAAGGCGCACGGAGCGUUGGAAGAACAAUUCCAAACACUUCUCUGUACAUCGUGGACGCGCAAUGCAACCUUGUUCCCACUGGGGAGCCUGGGGAAAUUUGUAUCAGUGGCGCUGGUGUUGCACUGGGGUACCUAAAUGAGAAGCAGACUCUGUUGAAAUUCGUAGAGGACCCAUUUGCUCUUCCAGAAGAUGUGGCGAGAGGAUGGACUCGAAUGUACCGUACCGGCGACAAAGCCAAACUACUCGAGGAUGGCUCUCUGGUCCUCUUGGGCCGAAUGGAUGGAAACACAGAGAUCAAGCUUCGAGGACUUCGCAUUGACCUCGAAGACGUCGCCUCCACUAUGCUAAACUGCCACCCGAAUCUGCUCUCAUCAGCCAUCGUGUGUGUCAAGGGCCAGGAUGUUUCAGAAAUCCUCGUCGCCUUUGUUUCCCUAAUGCCUGGACAGACUGCCACUGAGGCUGAGCUACAGCAUCUCGCCAGCGAUCUCCCCUUGCCACAGUAUAUGCGCCCGUCUACGGUCAUUUGCCUAGACGAACUACCUCGAAACUCAAAUGGAAAGAUUGACCGGAAAAGGAUAGAUAGCAUGCCGUGGACGACACCAGCUACCGCGAGCCAACCAUCUAAGCGGCUUACGUUGGGCGAGGGUGAGCUUAAACUUCUUUGGCAAGUUUUGCUGCCUGGUAAGCAGAUCCAGCCCGAGUCUGACUUUUUUGUUCUCGGUGGAAAUUCCACAUUACUGGUCAGGUUACAAGGUGCAAUUCGCACAUCCAUUGGGGUCUCACUGACUCUCCGCGAGCUGUAUGGAGCCAGCACGCUGGCGCAGAUGGCUCUCAAGGUGGAUGCUCGGAAAGCCGAGGCACCAUCAACAUCGAUCAAUUGGCUCGCGGAAACAUCUAUACCGCAAAACCUCCUCGAUUGUGCGACCGCAAUGCCACAAGGUAUCGUAUCUAAGCGGUACAAUGGAUCGGGUUGUGAGAUCCUCCUUACCGGUUCGACAAGCUUCCUUGGGAGAGUCCUGGUGCAGGCUCUCCUCCGGGUACCUGAAGUGGACAGAGUGCAUUGUAUUGCCGUAGAAAAGGAGCAAGACCACGUCCUUCCCACCAGUGACAAGGUGUUGGUUUAUUAUGGGUCCCUUCUUGAUCCAACGCUCGGUCUUUCUACUACGGAAUGGGCGUCCCUGCAGUGCUGUAUCGACGUCGUGAUCCACGGCGGCUCGAACGGCCACUGUCUUAACACCUAUAACUCCUUGAAAGUGCCGAAUUUAGGCUCAACCCAUUGCCUCGCCCAAUUUGCCCUUCAGUCACAAAUCCCCUUGCACUAUAUCUCUUCCGGGAGGGUCAUCCUCCAGUCUGGGAAGACUGCCCUCGGGCCUACAUCAGUGUCUUUUCACCCUCCUCCGCUCGACGGGUCUGACGGUCUCACGGCAACCAAAUGGGCAAGCGAGGUCUUCCUCGAGCGCGUCGCCGAACAAACUGGUUUAAGCGUUAGUAUCCACCGUCCCUGCACACCGAUCGGCGAUCAAGCUCCAGCCCAGGACGCACUAAACUCUCUCCUGCGGUACUCUGUCAAUCUCGGUGCCACACCCCGCCUUACCAGAAUGGAAGGAUACUUGGACUUUCAGAAGGUAGAGAUCAUUGCGGAUGAGAUCGCCACGCUAGUGAUGUCUAGGUUCACCAAGCGUUCGAAUGCACCAUCGCCUACCACGUCCGGGGUGUGCUUCUUCCACCACUCAAGCAAUGUCAAGGUUCCCGUGAAGAGCUUCAAAGAAUAUAUGGAAAAGGUGCACGGUCGGCCAUUCCAAGAACUUAGUCUGCAGGAAUGGAGCUCUCUGGCAUUGGACGGGGGCAUUGAGCCACUAAUUCCUAGCUUCUUGGAGGCCGUCGACGAUAACGAGGAAACUCUGCGAUAUCCUUAUUUGGGUCAAUAA